AUGUCAUACUUGCUCAUCCUCCUCCUGCUAGCCUUCCACGCUCCGGCUUCCACAUCUCUCUCUUCCACUCCUUCCUAUCCUCUUCAGUCGGAGCAGCAUGUCCCCACCCUCCGAGGAGGCAAGCCCUUCGGCUCCCCGAUGCUCGAUGUGUCCAAGGUGACGAGACCGCAAGCAGCUGAGCUCGCGACGAGUCCAGCAGCAGGCGAGCAGGAGAAGCCGCAACGGCAGAGGAGCAGGGAGAUGUCCAAGCCCAGCCUGCUGCAGAUCGACUCAGCAGAUGUGCAGAAGCAGGUGGAGGAUUUCAUCAAGAGCGCGGCAGAGCUGCUGCAGCAGACGGAAGAGCUUCUGCGGCCGAGGAGUGGUCACAGCGUCACGAGACUCGCUCAGCGCAAUCGGCUGUUAGUGCAGCGCGCAAAGAUCCUCCGUUUGCAGUCUGUGGAUCCCUCGACCCACAAGAAGAUCGAUGAGAAGAUCGCUCAGCUCGAAGCCGCUUGGAACGCUUACGCUCAGAUCUCACCACUUGAAACCCAGGAGUCUCUUACCGCUGUUCCAAUGGAGGUGAAGGCGGUUUCAAGCUUGGUGAGCGAGGAGGACGAGAUGCGGGCGAACAAGAAGAGAGUUCCUGUGACCUUCACUGUGAGCUGCAAUUAUACGGACGUGGGCGAUCAAUUGCUGCUGAUAGGGGACCAGCCCGAGCUAGGCUCUUGGAACCCUCUGGCAUCGGUUCUCAUGACGACGACGCCCACCAUGUAUCCGCUGUGGCAGGCGACUGUUGACCUACCAGCGGG